GCCGAGCUGCUCGCGCCUGGGGAAGGCGGCACGCGCGCUGCGGGGCCGGUGCGCGGGGCAGCGGUCGAGCUCGGGCUGCCAGCCCCGGGCCCGCCGGUGCCAUGGACGGCCUGCGGCAGCGCUUCGAGCGCCUUCUGGAACAGAGGAACUUGGCCACCGAAGCGCUAGGGGCUCUCGAAGCCAAGACAGGUGUCGACAAGCGGUACUUGGCCGCGGGAGCCGCCACUCUCCUAAGCCUGUAUCUUCUCUUCGGCUUCGGGGCGUCUCUACUGUGCAAUGUAAUCGGCUUUGUGUACCCAGCAUAUGCUUCAAUCAAAGCAAUCGAGAGCCCAAGCAAAGACGACGACACUGUGUGGCUCACCUACUGGGUGGUGUACGGCCUGUUCGGGCUGGCCGAGUUCUUCAGCGAUCUACUCCUGUCCUGGUUCCCUUUCUACUACGCGGGCAAGGUGGGGGGCCCCGGACCCACCCAGGACUGUGCCGCCUCCUGGGGUGCGAUGGGGAGACUCAGCCCCCCGUCUGAGGAAUGCGCCUUCCUGUUGUUCUGCAUGAUUCCCGGGCCUUGGAACGGGGCGCACAUGCUGUAUCAUCGCGCCAUUCGUCCACUCUUUCUAAAGCAUCACGAGGCCGUGGACAGCGUCGUGAGAGAGUUCAGCGGGCGAGCUCUGGACGUGGCAGCGGGAAUAACCCGGGACGUGCUGCAGACCCUGGCCCGCGGCCGGGCUCUCGUCACCCCCACAGCUGCCCUGGGAGCUGACCCCAAAGCAAGCGUGAGUCUGCUCCAGAAGGACAAGUGAAGGCCUCGCCUAGCGCGUCCACACAGCUGCCGGCUGGCGAGCUGGGGGGCACACGCCAGCCCAAGUCGUCCACGGAUUCCUCGGCGCACUCCCGGGUAGGGCCGUCCACCAGCCCCUCGUCCGGGAGCAAGCCGGCCCCC